UCGGUCACGUAAACGAAAGUGUACGUUUUCCAGCUGCGUUUACGCUUCAAGCGGUCGUGCACAGGCGGGCUCGGCGCUUCGGUUUUGCAGCUAGUCCUCCUCACCAGCUUAGAUCGGGAGCGGCGGCGAUGAUGCUGAGGGCGCGGCGAGCGGCGGUGCCGCUACUCCGCCUCGCCGACUCAGGCGCCGCUGGCGAGAGGAUUUGCGGCGGCGCGCAGCCCGCGCGCGCGGUGUUUGCCCGCGGGUUCCUGGAUUUCUUCAAGACGUGGAGCAAGGAGACCGCCGAGGAUGCGGAGAAGAAGGCAAAGGCGAAGGCCAGGCUUACUGACGAGAUGAGCAGGGGGUACUUCCAGGACAUCUCCGAGAUCCGUAAGAACGCCGGCAAGAUUGCGGUGGCGAGUAAGAUCAUUAUCCCAGAGGUCGCUGCCGUGAAGUUCCCUAAUCUUGCUUUGGAGUCCCCUGCUGGUAGAGCAUUGCAACUGCCGCUUGUUGCGUCUCCUCCGCUAGACGGCAGUCAUGGGGCUGGUGGUACAGUGCCGGUGGUUCCUGAUGCGGCACUGGUGUGCCUUUCGUUUCGUGCAAGCUCGCAGAAAAUGGCAGAGUCAUGGAGUCUACCUUUUCUUGAUGCAUUUGGUGCUACUGGGAAAGUUGAAGCGUAUGAGGUCUCAUUUAUAGAUGCAUGGCUGUUAUCAUCAAGUCCCGUGAGGCGAGCAUUCCUGAAGAUGAUGAGGAAAUCGGACAAUCCACAAAGACAUGCCGUCUAUGCCUUUGGAGACCACUAUGACUUUAGGAAGGAGCUUCAAAUUGUAAACCUUCUUACGGGGUACAUAUACCUGGUUGAUCGCCUGGGUAGGAUAAGAUGGCAGGGCUUUGGAGCUGCGACGCAGGAAGAGUUGUCAUCGCUAACAGCGUGUGCCUCCAUCUUGUUAGAUGAGAAGUGAAUUUAAAAGCCUUCUUAAACAUUGGCCAUUUUAGGCUGGAGAAAUUUUGUUUUGUCGUGGUUUCUAGGCUGUUUC